GAUGGCCACGUCUUCAAUAGAGGUGUUAUCCCGAAAGGAGAGUUCAUUUGGGGCGGAAGUGCUGACUUGGGACAGAGCGCUAACAUUUUUACCACAAUCCUUCACAACCAUUACAGCGCUCCCGACGGGUUUGACUUCGAAACCGGAAACGAUAUAAACGACGAAAAUAAGAGACAAAAGGCCGACACAAUUGUCUCGUUAGCCAAACAGUGGAACAAAGACUUUGGGGACACAAAUCAUGUGCUCAUGACUUUCGGCGAUGACUUCAAAUACAAUAACGCCGAACACUAUUUCGCAAAUUUGGACAAAUUGGCGAAUGCUGUCAAUGAGUUUUACCCCGAUGUUCACAUGUUUUACUCGAACCCCAUGUGUUACUUAUGGUCUGUCAAUCAAUUAAACCUUACAUUUGAAUACCGAGAGAGGGAUUACUUUCCGCUGUGGGAGGGAUUCUUCGCGAGCAGACCAUCGCUGAAACGUCAGGAGAGGUCGACAAACAAUUUGUUGCAAAUCAGCAAACAAUUAGAUUCAAUGACAAGAAUCCCAGAAUCGGAACCUUUCCUGAAUGAGGCCCAGAAUGAGAUCUCUGUGCUCACACAUCACGACGCGAUUACCGGUACUUCUCCUCAACAAACUAUUGAUGAUUACAUACUAAGACUUUUUAGCGCUUCCGACGCUUUGCAAGAAUUAAUACCUAAACAAGAGUUAGACAUUAGUUUUCCCAAACAAAUAAUUUGCGACAGACUUAACAUAAGUGAAUGUUAUGUUUCGGAGACAUCAAAUGAGUUUACAAUUGUUGUCUAUAAUCCGAUCGGACGGCCGGUUUCUCAAUGGAUAAGAAUUCCGAUCUUUUCUAAUAACGCACCAAUUGAUGCAAACAAACAGAUGAACGAAAAUACGAAAUCAAACGGAGAAUUGAAAGGAAAAGGAUUUACAAUAAGUUUAGAUCAAAAGACAGGAAAUAUUGAAAAGAUUAAAAUGAUUAACGGAAAUGAGUUCCCAUUGAAACAAUCGUUCAAAUUUUAUAAAUCAAAUCAUGACAACAGUUAUAUGUUCUGCUCUGAAGGACAAGCAGUCGAUAUAAAUAGAGAUUCCGUUAAAUUAGAGAACAUUUAUAGCAAUGGAUCCGUUAGUGAAGUGCAGCAGAAAUGGAAUGAUUGGAUAUCACAGACUAUUCGGGUCUACGAAGACGAAGAAUAUGUGGAAAUCGAUUGGACUGUUGGACCGGUGCCUCUCACUGACAACAUUGGCAGAGAAGUCAUCCUUACAUUUGAUACUAACCUCCAAACAAACCAACAAUUUUAUACCGACGCUAAUGGCAGACAAAAUAUAAAAAGAAUCCGAAAUUCACAUCAAAAAGAUUGCGGGAAAUUCAAAGAAUCCAUUUCUGAUAAUUAUUAUCCUAUUUAUGAAAGAAUAUUACUAAAAGACAACGAAAAAGGGAUGCAAUUGACAGUAUUGACCGAUAGAGCACAGGGAGGGUCGAGUGAAAUGGAUGGGCAAAUAGAGCUUAUGGUUCACAGGAGGCUCUUUACGGACGGCUGGAUGAAUGAGACGGGUGUCGAUGGAAAAGGACUGGUCGUCAGCGGAAAGCACUUCAUAUUCUUUAAACCAAUUAAUGAAUCGUCAAAACUGUUUCGCGAUUUGAAUCAAAGAUUAUUUAUGUCUCCAUUGAUUACAUUCUCGCCGUUAACUCAAACUCAAGCCGAAUAUAGGAAUAAAUACAAGACAUCUUAUUCUGCAUUAAGUCAAGAAUUGCCACAAAAUGUCCAUUUAUUGACAUUAGAAAAGUGGACACAAAACGAACUACUCUUACGUUUAGAGCACUUCUACCAAAAGGAAGACAAGAAUGAACUUUCAAAAGAUGUCGAAAUCGAUUUGAAAACUUUGUUUAAAGACAUUAAGAUUAAAGACAUCAGAGAAAUGACUUUAAGCGCAAAUCAAGAGCUUUCAGAAUCACAAACGAAUCGUUUGCAGUGGAAAUCCAAACAACCUUUGAAUGACAUUCAAUUCAAUUCCGACCAACACUUGAAUGAUAUUUCAAAAAUCCAGUUAAGUUCACAACAGAUCCGGACAUUUAUUCUGACCAUUGAAGACAAUACAAAGAAAGUGAAUUGUUCGCUGCAAUGGCUAAAAAUAACGGGAACUAAAAUACCGGAGAAUGCAAUCGUUGGCGGUAUUGAUAUCGACACAAAGCCGUUGUAUAUCUGUAGACAUAAACAAGACAACGAUUUACUCCCCGGAAAAGCUAACGAAAACAUAGGAUGUGUUGUAACGAUGGGAGGGAAGGCCUUCUCAACCAAAUCUGAUUAUGAGGUACUGAUCGGACAUAAUUACGAUUGGGUGGAAAGGCAUGGCGGAGAUGCUGUGCCCGACCGGGCGUUCAUCGGCGGACACAACUUGGACUCAAAUCCUAUUUAUGUGGGAAAAUGUGAUUUGCAUUUUGGCAAAACCGAGUCACAAGUUGUCGGCAAAAUUGACCACAAAUUUUACUACGGAUUCGGCGAAACAGAACACUCCGACUGUGCGAACCAUAUGAUUAUGAUUUGCUAAUCAACUUAUUAUCUGUUAUAUCAUUCAAACGGAUUCUGUCAUAUAAUUACAAUCUAAACAAAUUAACCACUUUUAAUUAUAUAA